UUAGAUCCUACAGUUUGCUUGGGAGCGGGGGAGGAUUUCGAAGAAUGUGGCUCACAAUGUCCUCUUACAUGCGAUAAUUAUGAAAAUCCACCAAACUGUAGUUCAAUUUGCAAAUCAGGUUGUUUCUGCAGAAAAGGUUUAGUUAGAAAUGAUGAACAGGAAUGUGUAUUACCUACUUCUUGCAACAAGAUUGAAAAUCCGACAGUUUGUUCGACGGGAGAAGUUUUGGAUGAAUGUGGUUGUGAAUCAAAAUGUACUGGAAUACAAGGUCAAUAUGUCCGCGAAUGUCCUCCACGGUGUACUAUAUCCUGCGCCUGCAAGAAAGGUUUGGCUCGACACCCCAUAGAUGGCACUUGCAUUAGGAAGAGAAGUUGUCCAAAUGUUCAUCAAACGUUGAAAAAUGCAAUUUAGUCAUAAUUUAUUUGUAAAAUUUCUUAAUUAUA